AUAAGCCAUAACUCUCGCUUGGAUUCACGAGCUCACGGAUUUUCUCCUUUUUUUCCCGAGCAAGUCUUCCAUUCUGUAAAUUCGUGACAUAUAUACCACAAUCAGCUGAAAAUGUCGACGUCUCCAGAUCACCUGAAUUCCGCGAGAAAAAGACUGGUAGAGGCCCUUGGCUCGGAGAAGAAACAGAAAUAUUUCCAUCACAUGAAGCAGUGGUUCAGAAUGAAGCUAUCAAAGGAGGAAUUUGACUCAUUAGCAAGAGAACUUCUUGCAAUUGAUACUGUACACCUGCACAACGAGUUCCUCUUAGCCAUCCUAACAAAAUGCCAGCUCUUUAGCUCAUCUUCCUCUACCUCACGUUCUGAGUCAUACCACAGGCAUGAAGAACAGAGAGUGGACACAGGACAAGGCACUUCCAACAUGCGGGAUCACAAUACAUCUCUUAACAUCUAUUCGACUCCAGCUGUUGAGCGCAAAAAGAUUAAACCCAAGAAGAAGAACAAAGUUUCGCGACCAACACAUGAUGGUAAUUUUGAGCCAGUAACAGUCCAAGACACGGCCCCCACGGCCACUCUACGUGAGCCCCAGGCCAUCAUAGACUCAGGGGCUGGCUACCUUUCCCGUUCCUUGUGCCUGCUGGAUACAGGGCCCCUCAAAGGUCGUUUGUUGUUGGCAGCAUGGGACCACGGCAUCACGCAAGUAGGGGACAAUGUUGCCAACAUUCUGCAAGAGGCCACUCAGCAAUGUCUGAAGAACAUCCUGAUGGCGACGGUGAGCAGACGUCGAGGGUAUCGCAUGAGAGAAGGGCGCUUCAUUCACUCCCUGGGCACAACGCCUCCUAACCCCUGGCUGAGGAAUACUGCUUCACUCAAUGACUGGACGAAUGAAAGCCUGGGCCUCCCUAUGGGUGAGGGAGGGGAGCUGGGUGACCGACCCAUCUGGCCAACUGUGGACUCGGCAGACCAGAACGCAGCACACUUGGCUUCCUGCGCACUGCCAGUUGAGAAUCCUCUUCCUCCCAUUAAUUGCUUCGACUUGUUUGAGGCUUUGCAGGUCCAGAAGAGUGUGCUUCCAUGCCACUCGGUGUAUGCGCUAGGCCUGGAGCGUAUUUCCUCGAGGCUUUGGCACCCUAGCUGGGGUGAGGUGGAGCAGGAAGCCAUUGCAGCCCAAGAGGCUUCCCUCAGAGACACACUGAAGGAGCAUCGGCUGGCGGCCAAUCCUGUCUCGUAGCUGUGUCAGAUACCUGUUCCUCAUUUGGAUGUUUAGGAUGUUCAUAUGCUGCUAAGAAAACAUAUUUUUUUAAGUACAAAGAUACUUGAUAUCAUAAAAGAUUUUCAGCAUGCAUACUGUUUUCUCUCUCUGUCUCUCUCUCUCUCUCUCUCUCUCUCUCUCUCUCUCUCUCUCUCUCUCUCUCUCUCUCUCUCUCUCUCUCUCUCUCUCUCUCUCUCUCUCUCUCUCUCUCUCUUUUCUCUAAUGUUGCAUUUCUUAUUUAUAAUGUUCAAACCUAGCCUGAUAUAACCAAAACAGAACUUGAGUGAACAUGCAGAGAGAACACUUUUCACAUAUCUUUUUCUGUGUAUAUUUAUCAAUAAAAACAAAAAAAUCA